CUUUCUAGGGUGUAGGGUGCUAUUUGAUAUCCGGCCCAUGUUCCUCACUUGGUGAUUCUCUUUAAGCGCCUAGAGCUUUUCAUGCCGGACCAGUGAAAGCUGCUCAAAGUUAUCAGUGAUGUUCACACUCUCAGAGCUCUGGUCUGUUACUGAGGGGCAGGGUCAUUAUAAGCUUUUGAAGCCAUGGUGGGAGGUCUUCAUGGACUACCUGGUUCUCCUCAUGCUCAUGGUGUCCAUCCUGGCUGGGACUCUGCUACUUUCACGAGACGGGGUGGUGUGUGUCCCCAUACACUCCACCUCAAACAACUCCACUGCUUCUUCCUUGGAAGUUCCCUUGGAUCCCGUCACACCUCAAAUUUCAUCAAGUGUUCCCAUAUCCAGGAGUCUGGCUAAAGGCAUUCAGACCAAUCUCGACUACCAGCAGUAUGUCUAUGUGAGCACUGUGUGCUACCAUGAAGCUCUCCCAUGGUUCUCGCGCUUCCUGCCCUAUGUCACUUUACUGCAAUCAUUGCUCCUGCUAGCUAGUGGUUCCUUCUGGUUCCAUUUCCCGCUUACUUCUUCCCGCAUUGAGCACUUUUUAACCAUCCUUGCCAAGUGCUGUGAGUCGCCCUGGACCUCCAGGGCACUCUCCCAUGCUGCCAAGCUGGACAGAGCACAUCACAGUCACCAUUCAGAUGAGGACAAGCUCACAAGGAUUCAAGUGCCACACAUCCCUAAGCUCUUUACUCGACAAUCCAGCCUUGACUCAGGAACUGACAGCCCCCUUCUGGCUAGGAUGGGUAGUACAUCUGUCCAGCCAUCUCCAUCUCCAUCCAAUUUGUCUAACUGCUCCACAUUGUCCUCUCUCUCAAUCGUAGAACCUGUUUCAGGUACUGUUCUUCCAGAAAGUUCUAGCACUGGCCCCACUCUGGACAGGAGCGACGGAGAACAGGCCAGAGCCCUGUUUGAGAGAGUCCGCAGGUUUCGGGCACACUGCGAGAGCUCUAAUAUCGUUUAUAAGGUUUACACAGCUCAAACCGUUUUCAAAGUGCUGAAGUUUAUUGUGAUUGUGAGCUACACCACACCUUUGUUGGGCUCCAUCUCUUUUACCUACAUCUGCCAGCCCCAUUCUUAUGCUUUAACAGGAUACCAGACCUUCCAGUGCACCCACCUGCUAUCAUCUGUCUUGCGCAAGCUGAUGAAGGCCUACAUCUGUCUUAUGGGGCUUUAUGGCCUUCUGGGCAUCUACACCCUUUUCUGGAUUUUCCACAAGUCUCUGAGACAAUACUCUUUCCAGCAUCUGCAUGAAAUUGGUUCCAUGUUGGAUGCUCCAGACCUGUGCAAUGACUUGGCCUUCUUGUUACACAUGACGGAUCAGUAUGACCCCCUGCUGGCCCAGCGUCUCUCGGUUUUCCUGUCUCCUGUCAGUGAGACUCGGCUCAUGGAGGAGAACUUGGAGCGUCGCUGGAAUGCCACUCGUCUGCGCUCAAUGAUAACCUCCGAUCAAAAAGGGCGCUCUGUACUGCAACUCGUGGCUGUUCCACAUCUACCUCCUGCACUUUUCACUUUUAACCAGUUGGAAGUGCUAAAGCUGGAGUUAAUUGGAGAUGCUAAGUUAACAGCACAGAUCUCCAAUAUGACUGCCUUAAGGGAGCUUCAUUUGUACCACUGCUCAGCCACAGUGGAGUCUGGUGCUCUUAUGGUCCUUCAGGAGCGUCUAGAGUCUCUACACCUCACCUUCACCCAAGCUGCAGAGAUCCCUGGAUGGGUGUACUCAUUGCGCAGCCUGCAGGAGCUUUAUCUGAGUGGACGGGUGGCCAGUGAGGGCACUAUCGGUCGUGGCUGGGCGCUGGGCAGCCUACGCUAUUUGCGGCACCUUCGGCUCCUUUCAUUGCAUGGCACGCUCCAAAGAAUCCCAUCAGAGCUGAGCGAGGUUGCUGGCACCUUGGUGCAUUUAGAGAUCCACAACGAAGGUGCCAGGCUAUUGGUGCUAACAGGACUGCGACGGCUGGCAGGGUUGACUGAACUGGAACUGCAGGGAUGCCAGCUUGAGAGAUUGCCUUCAGCUUUGCUGUCACUAACAGCAUUACGCAGUUUAGACCUGCAGCAUAACAGCCUGAGAACAUUGGAGGAGCUGCUGGGACUGCAGCAUCUAAGGCGUCUUUCCUGCCUAAGACUGGCCCACAAUCGCAUACUUGCUGUUCCUACAAGUGUGGGAGUUCUCCGGGCCUUGGAGCUCCUGGAUUUGGCACACAAUGAGUUGCGGAGUCUUCCACCAGCACUUUUCACAAUCCAUCGACUCAGACGUCUCCUACUGGCUGGGAACCUGCUUGAGGAACUGCCUGCGGAAGUGGGGGCACUGACUCUUCUCACAGAGCUUGACCUGAGUUCGAACAGGCUUGAAAGACUUCCAGAGGCACUUUUUGUUAACUGCAAGGAGUUGCGCAUUCUAAAUUUGGCCAAUAAUUCCAUAGGAUCCCUGAACACGGGACUGGGAUCUUUGAGGCACCUUUCCAAGUUGGACAUCCAAGGAAACAAUCUUGAGGAACUGCCGGUUGAGCUUGGAUGCUGCUCAGGGCUUCGUGGGGGUGGUUUACUGGUGGAGACCUGGCUGCUCCACACUUUGCCAUGUCACAUCACGGACUUCCUCCAGCAGCCAUCUUGUGCUUCUUCAGAAGCUGAUUCCCGCCCUUGUUCGGAUAUAUUCCCUGCCUUCUCAGCUGCUCAGUGGAGCUUUGUCUCCUCUUUGGAAUCACGCAUAUAGUUGAGAAGAGAUCUAAAAGCAAAUUUUAAACGAUGUUGCGAAAGUCAUUGCAUUUGUUUCCGGCAACAAUUUUUGGCCAGAAUUUGCUAGAAAUGCACAACAAGUUCUUCAGUCUAUCAGUGGAAAGCAAAAUACAGACUUGUUUUCACAUUCUUAACCCUGACUCAGGAUCAAAUGGGGCUAAAAACAUAACCACAAAUAUCAACAUCAAUGUCAUAUUGCAUUGAUAACUAAUGUUCACAGGUAUUUAAUCAAUCCGGUAUAGCAGGAGAGAAGAUGUUUUUUUUUUCUUCAAUUCUUCAGUAAAGUUGCAUUUAUAUAUUUUUUUCCCCAUUAUUUUUUAUUUUGACCAUUUGGAGUACAGCCUUAUACAAUCAUGCACAACUUUCUUAAUUCCCAUAAACAAAGAAAUUGCUGCAUUCUAGAAGAUCACAUCUAACAAUUUUAACAAAAAAUUCAAACAAAAAACAAAAGGAAACACAACAACAAACAAAAAUGUUCCUCUUGUUUUAACACAUGGUAAUCUUUUUUAAUCUUACUAGUUUCAAACCUGGAUAAAACCUUUUAAAAUCCCUUUUUUUAUUAUUGUUAUUUUUUAUUAUUACUAACAAAAUCAGAGCUGCAUUGUCCACCUAUAUUAAUCUUCCUCUUUUUCAUCCAGUAUAUUCAAAUGUUUAAUGUAAUUUACAAAUGGUCUCCAUAUUUCUUCAAAUACAUUUAGUUUAGCCUUCAAAAUGUAAGUUAUCUUUUCUAAUGGAAGGCUUGAUAACAUUUGUCUUAGCCAUUGGUUUGUACUUGGUCUGUUCGUUUUUAUCCACAACAGAGCUAUACAUUUCUUGGCUUAAAGUGAGCCGACGGCCAUAAAUGCUCUUUCUUUCUUACUAUAAUUUUGUUUCUCUGGAUAUUUACCCAACAGAAAAAGCUUUGGAUCCAGUACAAUUUCUUUUGAGAUUAUCUUAAUUUUUAUUUAAAAUGUAUAUUUAUUCUCUUUUUUUAAUCGACAAUAUACUGUAUAUUAAUCUAAUAUGUUUGUAACUCCAUAAUUCAACUUA